GGCUCCACUGGGGUAGAGUUGUCUGGUAAAGCUGCGAUGACCUCUCCCCAACGCUAGAUGUCCCUCGUCUGUAGUCGUGUAGUGCUCGUUAUCAGAGAAGAAACGUCUCGUAAUGGACGAGUUCACCGAGGACCCAGUGAAGGUGCCGUUCGGGACCAGGCGUCUGGAUGCCGCCGUGUGCGCCCCAGCCUCCGCGAGAGACGUGCACACCGCCGUCGUACUCACGCACGGGGCCGGCGGAGACAUGAACUUCAAACACCUGACUUCUCUGGCCCGCGCCUUGGCUUCACGCGGCUUCCUGUGUCUCCGUUUCACGUGCAAAGGCUUAAACUUGGGAUACAGAGUGAGGGCUUACCGUGCUGUGUGGGACUACUUGAAAUCCCUACAGAGGUUUACCCUCAAGCACAUUUUCGUUGGAGGCCGGUCGAUGGGAUGUCGUGCUGCUGCAGCUCUAGCCAGGCAGCUGAGCGAUCAAACGGAGGGCUCCGUGCAGGGUGUCAUCUGCCUGUCUUUCCCGCUGCACCCUCCGGGACAGACACACGCCCAUCGCCAGCGGAGCGGAGAUCUCAGGGGGCUGCCCGAGCACAUGCCUGUGCUCUUUGUGUCGGGAACUGAGGACAACAUGUGUGACAAGGUCCUUUUUGACAGGAUGGUAACAGAAUUGAAAGCUCAAGCUGAGGUUUUCUGGCUAAAAGGAGGCAGCCAUGGGCUGGCAGUGAGGGGAAGGUCGGAAGAGUCUGUGUUGGAUGAAGUGAACCUACAAGUCAUUACCUGGAUGAUUAAACAGGGAGCAUAGAUUGAUGAAUGUAUAAGUAUUGUUUUCUUUGUUUUGUUUAGUUCUAUUUGUUGAAUAAAGCGUAUUUUUACACAAUA